CAGAUGAUGGAAGAAUUAUUUUCCACUCUUGAUAUUAUUGACAUAGAAACAAUAAAAUCAUUUAUUUGUGAACCUAUUAUCAGCCAUGGAGUUCUACGACCACUUAGAUUAUUUAUUGGAAUAAAAGAAAUGUUUACUGUGAAUAUAAAAAAUAUGACAACCACUUCAGUUUCAUAUAAUUGGGGUAAUCCUAUAGGAUUAGAUUGCUUAAAGUUAAAACUUAUUUUCUGCUGUGAAAGUGAUUGCAUCCCAGCAGGAGUUACAAAAAAUAUACAAAUCAUUUUUUGUCCUAUAGAAGAGGGAUAUGUUGAAUCUUUUUAUAUACCAUGUUAUAUCGAGUAUUCACCAAAAAUUAUAUUUUUACAAGUUGAAUGUGAGAUCAAGUCACUUUACGUUACCUUUCAUAUACCAUAUUCAGAUGAUAUUUUAAAAACAUCUGACAUUUGCUUUGAAUGGCAUACCUCCAAUAUUACUAUUCGGCCUAAUUUAUUGACACUACAAAGCUCAAUGCUAAACAAAACUAUUUUUGGAAAAAAUGAUAUUAUUAACAAUUUACAAAAGUAUUCUUUAGAAUCUUUUUAUAUGAAUCAAAGUAUAUAUUAUGAAAAAACAGGAGAAAUUGAUUAUGAGGAAGAUGAAGCAUUUAAUCAAUUAGUGCCUUUUGAUAAAACUAUAUCAAUAUGUCAUCCGGUUACAAUUGAAUUUUUGGAAGUACCUUUAGGAGUUGUUACAAAGAAAACGUUUUUGAUAAAAAAUGAAACUCCUAUUGCAUCAAGCUUUUGGUUGAAAGUAAAUAAUUUUUAUCCUGUUUAUAUAACAGAAAAAGGAAAAAUAAAGAAAGAUAUGAUACAAUCUAUUUAUAAAAUGAUAAUAAGUCAGCAUACAGAUGAUAUUUGGAAUGAAAUAAAACAGCCUAAUUCUGGCAUACUUAUUUAUAUAAAUCCUUUUCUAACAGAAUUAACUCCGUACAAAGACGUAUUUGUAGAUAUAUAUGUAUUCGUUGAUACAUGGGGAAUUUAUACAGAUGAAUUGGAAAUAAAUAUCCUCGGAUUACCGCCAUAUAUAUUAAGCAUUUGUGUGCAAGUUACAGAAAUGCCUAUAUCAUUUCCGAUAUGUGAAAAGACACCACAAAAAAUACCAAUGUGUAGAUUUGGAAUUCUUUCUGCAAGUUCACAAAAAGAAGUCAGAAAAAUUUUUAUGAAAAAUAAAAGCAGCGUACCAUUAAUCGUAAACUGGCAAAUUGUUUCAAUAGAAAGUUUCUCUGAAAGUUAUUCUAUGCCAUUUAAUGUCAUCUUACAUAUGCGUACUCACUUUACAAAUAAAUUAGCAAUGGCUUUAAGAAAAUUGAAGGAGAAAAAUGAAAAUGAUAAUUUAUUAAGAAAACGUUUAGAGGUCUAUGUAUUUCAAAAUAAUUGUCAGACGUUAAAUGAUUCGCAAUGCAUCAUUUCUACAGAUUCAAAUUCAAAUUAUGAAUUUGAUAUCUUUGAAUACGAAAUGUGCUCUAGUGUUUUUAAUGAUCGAUAUAAAAAUAAUGGCAAACGAAUUAACAAAUCCCAAAGUACAGAAUUUCAAAUAGAUUUGAUUCCUAAUAAUCUUAUAGAUAGUACAAUUUGUACAAUUUCUCCUGAGGAAACUUUUAUACCACCCAAAGGAAAAGUAUACGUCGAAAUAAAAAUAUUUCCAAAUAAAUGUCCGCUAUAUAAAGAUAAAUAUAAAAUAUCUUGCAAUGCAUUGGGUUUUAUACAAAUUGCUCCAAUGGACGAGUAAUGGAAAUUUUUUUAUUAAUAUUAAAAAAUAAAAAAAUAAUACGAUAUAUUCAUUUUAAUAUCCAUUUUUUUUUCUUUUUUUUUUUUUAAUAUAUUACAGAUACAAGAAGAAAUAUUAUUGUAGGCACAAUAGUUUAUUAACACCAAUAACGAUUCAAAUCGAAGCACAAAUUGUUUUAUCACGUCUUACUUAUGAUAUUCCUAAAUUUAAUAGAUCGUUCACAUUUUAUGCAGACGAUGUAAUGAUAAGUUUGCAUCAUACAAUGAAGUAUGUUAUUUAUUUUCUUUUUUUUUUUUUUUUUUUUUAUAUAUAAAAAGGAUUUUCGAUAGUUAUGGAUUAAAAUUUUAUCUGAUAAAUUACAGGAUUAAUAAAACUUACGUAUUUUAUAAUAAAGGAGAAAGCCCGAUAAUUGCGAAAUUUGAAGUAAAUGAUCCAUUUACAAUAGAUUAUAUCGAUAGUCAUUGUAAGAUGAAUAAUAUACAUGAUUUUGUAAAAAGUAUAUGCAUAGAUGGAUGGAAUUCUAUCAAAGUUAGUUAGCAAAAUUUUUGUAAAUAGUGCACAUUAACGAAUUUACAUAUAUUAUUUCAGGUACAUGUUGCUUGUUCAGUAAAUGCUAAGCUAAUUGAAGAGAUAAUAGAAACGAAAAAAAAUAUAAUCUCACGAUAUGAACCAGGAUUUUCAAAACGUACAAAUAAUUGGUUUAAUACAGGACAGUUACGUAUUAUAUAUACUGAUAACAGUAGUCAGGUACUGAAGUUGCUUUUAAAAAUUUAUUUACCCUUAUUACGAGUUUCUCCAUGUUUGAAUUUCGGACAUGUAUGUGUCGGAGAAGAAAAAAAAUUUAUAUUGGAUGUUGAAAAUUUGUCUGGUAUUAAUUUUAUUAUAUUAAUUAUUUUUCUCCUUAAUUCUCUUUCUCUCUUUCUCUCUAUGAAUACAUAGAUACGUGAUAUUGCAGCUUACAAAUGUAAAAUUGAAAUCAAAAAAACUAAUUUCAAUGAAGAUUUCAAUUAUGAUCCUAUUAUGGGAGAAAUACUUGCUUGUCCUGUUAAUGGCAAACAUACUUUACCAAUUACAGUAUGUUUUAGUCCAAGGAAUAUUGGACCAUCAAUAGAGAUAUUGAAAAUAAUGUCCACUGUACCAAAUUAUGAAGAAAAAUGUAUACUUUGCGGUGAAGGUGUUUUAGAUGAAAAUUGUCAGACAAAUGAAGCUCAAGAAUGACGAUAAAUUUUAAAAAUCAAAGUAAGGACGCAACUCACGACUUAAUUUAAUAAAAUUAUUUUAGUUAUACUUCUUCCAUAAUUUGCUUAGUAAAGCAUGCUAUAAAAAAGCCAAUACUAUCCUGUUCAGGUCCCAUCCUAAGUAAACAUUCUGAUUCAUUUUCUGUUAAUCCAUCAAUGCUAUAUCCUUUAGAAAAAAAUGUUUUUGUUUGGUCUCUAAUGAAAUCUAAUUGAUCACUAAUGGAAUUCAAUUUUAAACAUGGAUAUGUUUUUAGAGCCCAUGAGAUAAUACCUUCGUUCUCAGCUAUCGUAAUAGUACAAGUACUAUAUACUAAGAUUCCAUUUGGUUUCAAAAGAUGAACAGCCUAUAUAUAUGUAUAUAUAUAUAUAUAUAUAUACAUAUACAUACAUAUAUAUAUAUAUAUAUAUAUA